AAGUUUUGUUGGGCUCCAAGAUGGCCCAAUUUGCCAAGGAGUGAGCAGCUAUGUUUCCUGUGCGCCUCACCCAGCAGAUAACAGAUCGAGGGUUUUUGUCCAGGUAUUCUCCACAUCUUCGUGCAAUUCGUCCCCAAUAGUUUCUCGUGUAUCUUCGUUUCUUCACUGAUUCAACAAUUGAAAGUGAAUCCAUCUCUAUGGUGAUCGGAUUGACUGGGAGAGACGCAAUAAAAUCCAACGCUGCGUUCAAUCCAUGAGCUUCUCCUUCCACAAUGGUUGUCGCGCCUCUAACUACCUUCGUCGCGGCUCAAAUGUAUAGUCCAUUGAUCCAAUAUAUAAACACCCUUUCCAUUCGCAAACCCUAAAUCUGUUUGUUUUUGUUGCUGUCUGCCGCGCCUUACUACACUUCACAGACAGAGAAAUGGGUGCUUACAAGUACGUUUCUGAGCAUAAAUAUGAGACCUUUUAUUAAGUAGUAGUAAUUUUUAAAAAUAAUUAUGAGAAUGUGUCAAAGAAAAGAAAGAAAGAAAAAAUAGAAAUUUUAUUAAGUAAUUUUUAAAAUAUUUUUGGAGGCAGUGGUACUGUCCAUUCUUAUUCCAAUUCCAACAAAUUGAGUAACUCUUGUAUUGUAAGCAAUUACUCCAAUAGUAUUUUUCCCUUUUUCUAACGAACUCCAAUCCACUACUAGCCGAUCAUCAUAUAACCGCCUCCACUCACUCCAAUCCACUGCAAUCCACUAUUUCACAUGUUCAUCUUCUUCUCAUUCAUUCUUCAACAACCUACACUGCGAUUUCCGUUUCUUCUUUCGCGAUGAAUCGCUUAAAGGACAUUUUCCGCCACAUAUCCAAAUCCAAUAUCAACAUGCUUCUUGAUUUUCACUCAAACAUUCUUCAAAACCCUAACACUAUUACUCUAUCUCGCCGAUUUGGAACCCAACUCGAUCAUCAAUUGAACAGAGAUUUUUUCCUCAAACUUUGGGUUUCUGAUGCCAAAAUGCAAAACCCUAAAGGUAGUAAGAAAUCGAUCAAAUUUCAUCGUGUUGAUCUUGUACCUAGAUGCUUUUCUGCUGCAUCAAUUGAUUCUGUUACAAACAAACUUAAACGGGGUAUGAAGCAACCUCCUAUAAGCCAAUCGUUUCCAGAGUUUUCAAAAUCGGAAUCUCCAGAAGAGGCCAAGGUAGCACCUCUGCUUGCCAGAUCCAACUUGCUAAUUACCAGAGAUAUUGAGUGGGCCAAUCUUGUUUUGGGAUUUGAACAGGAAAAUCGUUAUGCCAUUGUAGAUGCAUGCUACCCACAGUCGCCUGUAGGGUUAAUUCGUGAACAGAGCAACUUCAUUGCCAGACAGUUGCUUCGUCUGAGGAGGCCUUUUGUUGCACUCAUUACUGAUGCUUUGGGGAAUGAGCUCUUUAGGGUCCGUAGACCCUUUUGGUGGAUAACAAGCUCAAUUUUUGCGGAAAUUGAUGGUAAGGAAGUUGGAGUAGUUCACAGGCGGUGGCAUCUCUGGAAAAGAAUCUAUGAUUUGUACCUCGGGAAUGAGCAGUUUGCGGUGGUUGAGAAUCCUGGCUUUUGGAAUUGGACAUUCACCUUGAAAGAUUUUGAUGGUGAGGUGCUUGCUCAAAUAGAUCGUGAUUGGAGGGGUUUUGGCUUUGAGAUUCUAACUGAUGCUGGUCAGUAUGUGAUUCGAUUUGGAAGUUCUGACCCCGGCUCCAAGAUUGGCCUUGCUAAUGCGAUUCAAGACCUUGGUGUCAGUCGCCCACUUACCCUCGCGGAGAGAGCCGUUACGGUAGCUCUUGCAAUAUCACUUGAUAAUGACUACUUCUCAAGACAUGGAGGCUGGGGAUUACCCUUCUUGGAGGUUGGCGAGUAAAUUUGAUUUGACAGACAGUAUCAUCUGGUUUUCUACUGGCACUGUAAUCCCUGAGGGGCCAUUCUUUACCAAGUAGUUUUUAAAUUGGUGUUCUAAGACAACACCAAGGAUGACUCCAUUCACAUACACAUGAUAGGUGAUAUACUAAGGUUUAUUUGUUAAUGUAACAAAAUGAGGAUUUUAAUUUUUUUUUUUUUUUUGUGAAUGAGGGUUUAACUCUGAUAUUUACUUUUGUUUGUUGAUUUCUUUUGCUGGAUGGCAAGGUGAUGAGAUAAUCCUGAUUAUUGCUUUGUUAGUUGGUU